AUGUAUAAAACUGGAAGCAGGAGGCAAGAAUUGCUCUGGGUGGUGCUGGUCUGCUACAGAGUUCAGACAAACUCUCUAGGAUUCUACAGAAAUAUAUUUCUCUCUCCUUUAUCUGUGUUUCAGAUCACUUUCUAUGAAGGCAAGAACUUCCAAGGAUGCCGCUAUGAGUCUGAUAGGGAUUGUUUGGAUUUCCACACUGACUUGAGCCGCUGCAAUUCCAUCCGUGUAGAAAACGGUGCCUGGGUUGUUUACGAGCAGCCAAACUUUGCAGGAAACAUGUAUGUUUUGACUCAUGGAGAAUAUCCUGAGUAUCAUUCCUGGAUGGGCCUGAAUGACAGAGUCAGCUCCUGCAAAUCCAUUCAGUUGACCAGUGGAGACAAAUACCAGAUUCAACUCUUUGAGAAGGGUGACUUUAGUGGUCAAAUGCAUGAAUCCAAAGAGGAUUGCCCUUCUGUGAUGGAGAAGUUUCACUUGCCAGAAAUCCAUUCUUGCAAAGUUGUGGAUGGGGCAUGGGUUUUCUAUGAACAUGCCAACUUCCAUGGCAAACAGUAUUUCCUGGAGAGAGGCGAAUACAGUAAACCCAUGGAGUGGGGGGCUGCAACCCCACUGGUCCAGUCCUUCCGCCAUAUUGGAGAAUAAUAAGUUGCAUGGAGUCUGAAGCUGAUGUGAUAGAGACUUGAUGCCAUAUUUGUGGGCUUCAUGCUGCCUGUCAUUAUUUGUGGUAUAUGUGUCCCUUUGAGUGAUCCUUUAAAGGAGAUGACUAAUCU